AUGGCAUCUAACAGCCUUUUCAGCACAGUGACACCAUGUCAACAAAACUUCUUCUGGGAUCCCAGCGCCAGUCGGAGGUUCAGUCCGCCGUCCAAUAGCCUCCAGCCAGUCCCAGGGAAGAUGAACGAUGUGAGCUCCCCAGCCGGUCAGCCGGACGCAGCAGCUGUGGUGCCAAGACUACGUCCCCACGAAAACCGCAGCAUGGCCGAGAUCAUCGCCGACCACCCGGCCGAGCUGGUCCGGACCGACAGCCCCAACUUUCUGUGCUCGGUCCUGCCCUCCCACUGGCGGUGCAACAAGACGCUGCCUGUCGCCUUUAAGGUGGUUGCCCUUGGAGACAUACCUGACGGCACCGUUGUCACGGUAAUGGCGGGGAACGACGAGAACUACUCUGCCGAGCUGCGGAACGCCUCAGGUGUGAUGAAGAACCAAGUAGCACGCUUCAACGACCUUCGCUUUGUGGGCCGCAGUGGAAGAGGCAAGAGCUUCACCCUGACAAUCACAGUAUUCACCAACCCACCACAAGUGGCCACUUACCACCGAGCCAUAAAGGUCACAGUGGACGGACCGCGUGAGCCCAGGAGGCAUCGUCAGAAGCUUGAGGACCCCCCAAAAACUGGCCUCUUCUCGGACCGCCUCAGUGAGCUGGAGAGGAUGAGGGUUAGGGUGGCCGUUCCCACUCAAGCCCCACGACCUACUCUCAACCCAGCGGCCAACUCUUUCAACCCGCAGGGACAGACGCAGAUAACAGACCCACGUCAGUCCCAGUCCUCUCCUCCCUGGUCAUAUGAACAGACGUACCCGUCCUACCUGAGUCCCAUGGCAUCCCCCUCAGUCCACUCCACCACCCCCCUCUCCUCCAGCCGAGGCACGGGCCUGCCUGCCAUCAGUGACGUGCCUAGACGCUUGCCAGGUUCCUCUGACCUGAGCCCGUUUCCCGGACAGUUUGAGCGUCAGUUCCCAGGCCUCUCCUCCCUCACAGAGAGUCGUUUCUCCAGCCCUCGGAUGCACUACCCAGCCACCUUCACCUACACCCCGCCCGUCACCUCCGCCAUGUCGCUGGGCAGCGCUCACUACCACACCUACCUUCCCCCACCUUACCCAGGCUCCACCCAAAGCCAGAGUGGUCCCUUCCAGACCAGCAGCACACCCUAUCUCUACUAUGGCGCUUCAUCCGGCUCGUACCAGUUUUCCAUGGUUCCUGGCGGCGAUCGCUCGCCCUCCCGGAUGAUCCCACCUUGCACUAGUGCCUCCACGGGCACUUCCCUGGUGAACCCCAACCUGCCGAGCCAGACGGAGGGAGGGGUGGAUGGUGACGGGAGUCACAGUAACUCCCCGACUGUUCUCAACCCCGGAGGCCGCAUGGAUGAGGCUGUCUGGAGGCCAUACUGA